AUGUCAAUUGAUGAAAUGAAAAAUCGACCGGAAUCGGAUAAUCGAGCCAUACAUGAGUCAAGCUGCACAAUUUACGUUGGACGUGUACGAGUCAUCAUCGAUCCGCACUUCAACGCUGAUGUCUCUGGUAUUGCUGAGAAACAUGCAACUGAAAACUAUCAUGAAGGCCCUGCCACGAAUACGCCUCCAAUACUGACAGAUUUCGUUGAUGUUUGCAAUACAAAGCCUUGCAGCCAGCAUCAACCAAACACAACGCCGUACUCGGCUCAACCAAAAAUAAGUAAGACAAAACUGACAAGUCAGCAGUCAGCCUGUCUACGACCGACCACAUCGCAACUGUCGUGUUGUCUGCACGGCAGUGGUCGGUGUAAUUAUGAGGCGCGUUUUGGCACUGGAAACGAUAACUGCAUCGUCGGAACUGACAACUGUAACACCGCCGCCCUGAACAACUAUCAGUCGUGCCGGAACAGCAGCGGACGUUCACCGAUUUCGGAGGCUCAGAAUGACGGCCGAUUGUCAUCACGGAGUUUGGUGUUCCGAAAUUUGGGUGUUAUGAAGUCUGACUGGWCGACGCCAUCAAGAAAAUCUGCGGUUCCCAGUUCGAGCCGGCCCAAACCACUCGCAAGACAGGACAGGCCGGUGGAUCUGUACGUCGGUUCCCGGCUGCCCGUGCCCGUUCGUCCAGGACCGGUGACGGCUCGGAUUCCUCGGAUCGGUCGGGCUGGUGACGUGCGGCUACCGUCACGAGGUAAUAAUCAAAAUGGCAGUAGGUGCACUUCUGCUGACAGGCCACACCACACUGACGAUGGUCUAAACAAUGGCCAUCGGUGCAGCACUGCUGAUAUGAUGAACUAUACCGACGAUGAUCUUAAUGGUCAAUGUUGUGCCAUUUCCGACAAGCCACAUGACCACGAUGACAUGCAGCAUGGCACUGCCAACGGGCCACACGAUACCGAUGACAGACUGAACGACAUGURCAACGUAGUUGGCUCACUUGAUUAUAAUGAUAUGRCAGUCGUGCCUGGACAGUCAAGCAUGUGCAUCGACAAGUCGGGCGUGAGGACAUCCACAACUCGACAGGUUCUUAACCAGUGGCCAUUGACGAGCGAUAGCCUGUCCGACACGUCCAACCACCCGUCCCUGCAACAAGUCAGGYGAAAUGGGCCUGGUAACCAGUGCGUUUCACUGUUCACCGAUGAUAUACUGACAUGA